GCAGUUUGGAGGAAGAUGUGCAGCCGUCCCUCGGUUCCGGGACCCUGGAAGGCUAUCAGCAUCAGCAAGGCCAUCAACAGCCAGGAGGCCCCGGUGAAGGAGAAGCAUGCCCGGCGCAUCAUUCUGGGCACUCACCAUGAGAAAGGGGCCUUCACCUUCUGGUCCUACGCCAUCGGUCUACCGCUCCCCAGUAGCUCCAUCCUCAGCUGGAAGUUCUGCCAUGUCCUCCACAAGGUCCUCCGAGACGGGCACCCCAAUGUGCUGCAUGACUGCCAGAGGUACCGCAGCAACAUCCGGGAGAUCGGAGACCUGUGGGGGCACUUGCACGACCGGUAUGGGCAGCUGGUGAACGUGUAUACCAAGCUGUUGCUGACCAAGAUCUCCUUCCACCUCAAGCACCCCCAGUUUCCUGCCAGCCUGGAGGUGACCGAUGAGGUGCUGGAGAAGGCGGCUGGGACGGAUGUGAACAACAUCUUCCAGCUGACCGUGGAGAUGUUCGACUACAUGGACUGCGAGCUGAGGCUCUCCGAGUCAGUUUUCCGGCAGCUCAACACGGCCAUUGCUGUGUCCCAGAUGUCCUCAGGCCAGUGCCGUCUGGCCCCACUCAUCCAGGUCAUCCAGGACUGUAGCCACCUCUACCACUACACGGUCAAGCUCAUGUUCAAACUGCACUCCUGUCUCCCGGCAGACACCCUGCAGGGCCACAGGGACCGGUUCCAUGAGCAGUUUCACAGCCUCAGGAACUUCUUCCGCAGAGCCUCGGACAUGCUGUACUUCAAGCGCCUCAUCCAGAUCCCUCGGCUGCCCGAGGGACCCCCCAACUUCCUGCGGGCCUCAGCCCUGGCUGAGCACAUCAAGCCGGUGGUGGUGAUCCCUGAGGAGGCCCCCGAGGACGAGGAGCCUGAGAAUCUCAUCGAGAUCAGCACUGGGCCCCCUGCUGGGGAGCCUGCGGUGGUGGCUGACCUCUUCGAUCAGACCUUUGGACCCCCCAAUGGCUCCCUGAAGGACGACAGGGACCUCCAGAUCGAGAACCUGAAGAGAGAGGUGGAGCUGCUCCGCGCGGAGCUGGAGAAGAUCAAGCUGGAGGCCCAGCGGUACAUCUCGCAGCUGAAGGGCCAGGUGAACUCCCUGGAGGCCGAGCUGGAGGAGCAGCGGAAGCAGAAGCAGAAGGCCCUAGUGGACAACGAGCAGCUCCGCCACGAGCUGGCCCAGCUGCGGGCAUUGCAGCUGGAGAGCUCGCGGAACCAGGGCCUGCGUGAGGAGGCUGAGAGGAAGGCCAGUGCCACGGAGGCGCGCUACAGCAAGCUGAAGGAGAAGCACAGCGAGCUCAUCAACACGCACGCGGAACUGCUCAGGAAGAAUGCAGACACAGCUAAGCAGCUGACAGUGACACAGCAGAGCCAGGAGGAGGUGGCACGGGUGAAGGAGCAGCUGGCCUUCCAGAUGGAGCAGGUGAAACGGGAGUCUGAGAUGAAGUUGGAGGAGCAGAGUGACCAGCUGGAAAAGCUCAAGAGGGAGCUAGAGGCCAAGACCGGAGAGCUGGCACACGCGCAGGAGGCCCUGAGCCGCACAGAGCAGAGCGGGUCAGAGCUGAGCUCCCGGCUGGACACACUGAGUGCAGAGAAGGACGCUCUGAGCGGGGCCAUGCGGCAGCGGGAGGCCGACCUCUUAGCCGCCCAGAGCCUGGUGCGUGAGAAGGAGGCUGCGCUGAGCCAGGAGCAGCUGCGCGGUUCCCAGGAGCGGGGCGAGUUGCAGGGGCGCCUGGCGGAGAAGGAGUCUCAGGAGCAGGGGCUGCGGCAGAGGCUGCUGGACGAGCAGUUUGCCAUGCUGCGAGGGGCUGCUGCCGAGGCCCAGGGCAUCCUGCAGGACGCCGUGAGCAAGCUGGACGACCCCCUGCACCUGCGCUUCACCAGCUCCCCAGACUACCUGGUGAGCAGGGCCCAGGCAGCCCUGGACACUGUGAGUGCCCUGGAGAAGGGCCACGCCCAGUACCUGACCUCGCUGGCAGAUGCCUCCUCUCUGGUGGCAGCCCUGACCCGCUUCUCCCAUCUGGCUGCGGACACCAUCAUCAACGGUGGUGCCACCUCCCACCUGGCCCCCACUGACCCUGCAGACCGCCUUGUUGACGCGUGCAGGGAGUGUGGAGCCCGGGCUCUGGAGCUCCUGGGGCAGCUGCAGGAUCGGCAGGCUCUGCCAAGGGCACAGCCUGGCCUGGUGCGGACCCCCCUGCAGGGCAUCCUCCAGCUGGGAGAGGAGCUGAAGCCCAAGAGCCUGGAUGUGCGGCAGGAGGAACUAGGGGCCAUGGUUGACAAGGAGAUGGCGGCCACGUCAGCAGCCAUUGAAGAUGCCGUGCGGAGGAUCGAGGACAUGAUGAACCAGGCCCGCCACGAGAGCUCUGGGGUGAAGCUGGAGGUGAAUGAGAGGAUCCUCAACUCCUGCACAGAACUGAUGAAGGCCAUCCGUCUCCUAGUGAUGACGUCCACUAGCCUACAGAAGGAAAUCGUGGACAGCGGCAGGGGGGCAGCCACACAGCAGGAAUUUUACGCCAAGAAUUCUCGGUGGACUGAAGGUCUCAUCUCAGCCUCGAAGGCCGUGGGCUGGGGAGCCACACAGCUGGUGGAGUCUGCCGACAAGGUGGUGCUUCACAAGGGCAAGUACGAGGAGCUCAUCGUAUGCUCCCACGAGAUCGCAGCCAGUACAGCCCAGCUGGUGGCCGCCUCCAAGGUCAAGGCCAACAAGCAUAGCCCCCACCUGAGCCGCCUGCAGGAGUGCUCCCGCACUGUCAACGAGAGGGCUGCCAACGUGGUGGCCUCCACCAAGUCAGGCCAGGAACAGAUUGAGGACAGGGACACCAUGGAUUUCUCCGGCAUGUCUCUCAUCAAGCUGAAGAAGCAGGAGAUGGAGAUCCAGGUGCGAGUCUUGGAGCUGGAGAAGACGCUGGAGGUGGAGCGAAUGCGACUUGGGGAGCUGCGGAAACAGCACUAUGUGUUGGCUGGAGUGAUGGGGACGCCCAGUGAGGAGGAGACCAACCAACCCAGCGCUGCCCCCAGAAGUGGGGCUUCCAAGAAGCCUCCCCUGGCCCAGAAGCCCACUGUAGCCCCCAGACAGGACCACCAGCUGGACAGAAAGGAUGGUGUCUACUCAGCUCAACUCAUGAACUACUAGGCUCAGCUGAGGUCCAGCAGGGCAGCUGGAGGUCGGGCCUAGCCUCACAUGGCUGUCCUGAAGGCAUCCAGAGGCCUCAGAGAGGCCCCAAGGGGCCCAGCCCCUGCACCUGGUGCCCAGGCCUCCUGCCUCACCAUGCAGAUCAGUGUCCCCAAGGCCCUAGCCUUCACUGAGCCUGAAGGGGCGUGGGCCAUGUGGGAUGGUUCAUCUGGAUGAAAGUCUACUUAUCUGCAAUAGGAACUGCGGAGCAGCCAGGACCCAGCUGCAACUCUGCAGGAAAUAUAUGGAGCGUUUUUAAUAUUCCAAGUUACACUUAAGUUCAUAGUCAGCACACUGGGAACAGGGCCAUGUGUGGGUCUCCCUGCCUUCUGGACUCAGUGUCAGAGGUUGUAAGUAACAGAAAGGUAGGGUCCCUGCUGGCUAUCAGGGACAAGGAUACAACACCCAUGGCCUUCCUGGAGUCUCGAGGUACCCUUGGGCCAUGUGGUCUGGGCAGGGCAGGAGGUCUUAAGGUAGCUGAGGGGGUGGAGGUUUCCUUUCUCCCUGGGCCUGGUGCUAGAGUAUUGUGAUGGGAGGCCCCAGGAGGAAGCCAGACUGUGGGAGUGGGCAGAUGCUGCAGGCUGCGCCUGUAGGCACCCUGGCCCAGGUGCUGCCUUCCCUCCUGGGGUUUCCAGGUCAACUCUGCAGCUACCAUCUCAUUUUCUGUUUUCCGUUCUCCUGAAGAUGGUGAACUCAACUCUGCCAGAAAAGUCCCAGAAAUCAGGAUCCAUGGGCCCACUUUCUAGGGGAUCAGGAAAUCUUGUUGGAGCCUCAGGGAGGGGCAGCCUGAGACUGGGAGCCCCACCUCUCCUGCUCCUGUGGAUUUGAAUGAGCUUGUGUUCCUUGAGCCUGAGGGAUUGGCUAGGGGGUGGGAACCAGGCUGUGGGGGUAGAGUCAGCAGUGGGACUAGAUAAGUGCCUGGCCCACCCCAGCCCCUUGGCCAUCUACCCUGUGCCCCAGCCACGCCGAACAGAGCCCAGGUCUGGGGAGCCAGGUCCUCCUCUGGUGUUGCUGCUCCCCCAUGUUGACGUUCUGUUGCAAUAAAACAUGCUGACUGUUG